AUGACCAGGCUCACAAUUCUAGCAGGGUUAUGUCUGGUGAUAUGUCAACUGGGAUCUGCCACCCAGAUGAUAUGCUACUUUACCAACUGGUCCCAGUACAGACCUGGUCCGGCGAAGUACAUGCCACAUAAUGUGGACCCCUUCCUGUGCACCACCCUGAUCUACGCCUUCUCCAUGAUCAACCAAGCCAACGAGCUGAUUACCUAUGAGUGGAAUGAUGAGGUCCUCUACGAGUCUUUCAAUGGACUGAAAUCAAAAAAUCCUCAUCUGAAGACUCUUCUGGCUGUUGGCGGGUGGAACUUUGGUUCUAGACAGUUCUCUGUCAUGGUGUCCACUCCAGCCAACCGCCAGACGUUCAUCCAGUCUUCUAUCAAAUUCCUGAGGACUCAUGGGUUUGAUGGUCUGGAUCUGGACUGGGAGUACCCUGGAUCUCGUGGAAGUCCUCCUGAGGAUAAAGGACGGUUCACUCUGCUCUGCAGGGAGCUCAGGGCUGCCUACGCUGCUGAGGCCAAGGCCGCCGGCAAGCCUCAGCUCAUGGUGACUGCUGCAGUGUCUGCUGGGAAGAGAACCAUCGAUGCUGGAUUUGAGAUCAUUGAAAUUGCCAAGGAACUGGACUUCAUCAAUGUAAUGACCUACGACUUCCAUGGAACUUGGAACACGUUCACUGGACACAACAGCCCACUGUUCCGCGGAUCCAUGGACACUGGUGAACACAUCUAUUUCAACACUGACUUUGCCAUGCAGUACUGGAAAAAUAACGGCACCCCAGUGGAGAAGCUGAUGAUGGGUUUCGCUACCUAUGGUCGUACCUUCCGUCUGACAACAUCAGACGAUGAUGGUGUUGGAGCUCCAGUUAGUGGCCCUGCAUCAGCCGGACAAUACACACGUGAAGCUGGAUUCUGGGCCUACUAUGAGAUCUGCACCUUCCUGGAGGGCACCACCAUUCAGUGGAUUAAAGACCAGAAUGUUCCCUAUGCCACCAAAAACAACGAGUGGGUGGGAUUCGACAACAGGGAGAGCUAUGAGAUCAAGGUGCGUUACCUGCAGAAGGAGAAGUUUGGCGGUGCCUUUGUGUGGGCCCUUGAUUUGGAUGACUUUGCAGGACAAUUCUGCGGAGAGGGAGCCCACCCUCUGCUGUCACAUCUCCGAAAACUUCUUAAUAUUGAACUGCCCCCACUGCCCUCCACCACCACCGCCAAGCCUGGUGCUAGCACGACCUCCACCACCACCACCACCACCACCACCACCCACGCCCCAGGACCUGGCUUCUGCAACGGGAAACCUGACGGCCUGUACCCCAACCCAGACGUCAAGACCAGCUUUUACUCGUGCGAUGGGGGCGUCACCCACCAGAACCACUGCGGAUCUGGAACUGUCUUCAAUGACAGCUGCAAGUGCUGCACCUGGCCCUGAGCCCCCAGUGGAGGCA